AUGAUAGUAGGGAGCCUUCAGUACUUGACUCUCACAAGACCGGAUAUUACUCAUGCUGUGAAUUUAGCAAGCCAAUUUAUGCAAAAUCCAAACAAUGGACAUCUUCAAGGUUGUAUGGAUACUCAGAUGCUGAUUGGGGAGGUUUUACCACAACUAGGAGAUCAACUACAGGCUAUAGCAGGUGCAAACUGUAUUUCUUGGACCUCCAAGAAACAGUCCACAGUUGCUCGCUCAAGUGCUGAAGCUGAGUAUAGAGCACUUGCCUCCACUGCCUCAGAGAUGACAUGGAUUAUGUAUCUACUUCAUGACCUUGGGGUGUUUCUUUGA